GGAAGAGGCUGUCAUGGCUGCCCCGGAGGACGUAGCUGCCUUACAGGCUGAAAUCACCCGGCGGGAGGAAGAGCUAGCUUCGCUCAAGCGGAGGCUGGCCGCGGCCCUGACAGCCGAGCCGGAGCCCGAGCGUCCGCUCCGGGUCCCGCCGCCGCCGCUGGCGCCCCGGGCCGCGCUGUCGCGGGACGAGAUCCUCCGCUACAGCCGCCAGCUACUGCUGCCGGAGCUGGGCGUGCGCGGGCAGCUGCGCCUGGCGGCGGCGGCGGUGCUCGUGGUGGGCUGCGGCGGGCUGGGCUGCCCGCUGGCGCAGUACCUGGCGGCGGCCGGCGUAGGCAGGCUGGGGCUGGUGGACCACGACGUGGUGGAGACGAGCAACCUGGCCCGCCAGGUCCUGCACGGGGAGGCGCAGGCCGGCGAGAGCAAGGCUCGCUCGGCGGCCGCGGCGCUGCGCCGUCUCAACUCGGCGGUGGAGUGCGUGGCGUACCCGCGCGCGCUCGCCGAGGACUGGGCGCUCGACCUGGUCCGCGGCUACGACGUGGUGGCAGACUGCUGCGACAACGUGCCCACGCGCUACCUGGUGAACGACGCGUGCGUGCUGGCCGGCCGGCCGCUAGUGUCGGCCAGCGCGCUGCGCUUCGAGGGCCAGAUGACCGUCUACCACCACGACGGCGGGCCGUGCUACCGCUGCGUGUUCCCGCGGCCGCCCCCGCCGGAGACAGUGACCAACUGUGCAGACGGCGGCGUGCUCGGAGCGGUGCCCGGCGUGCUAGGCUGCGCGCAGGCCCUCGAGGUGCUCAAGAUCGCCGCCGGCCUCGGCUCCUCCUACAGCGGCAGCAUGCUGCUCUUCGACGGCCUCGGGGGCCACUUCCGCCGGAUCCGGCUGCGGCGCCGCCGGCCUGACUGCGUCGUGUGCGGGCAGCAGCCCACCGUGACCCGCCUGCAGGACUACGAGGCCUUCUGCGGCUCCUCGGCCACCGACAAGUGCCGCGCCCUGAAGCUGCUGUGCCCCGAGGAGCGGAUUUCUGUGACCGACUACAAGCGGCUUCUGGAUUCCGGGGCGCCCCAUGUGUUGCUGGACGUCCGGCCUCAAGUAGAGGUGGACAUCUGUCGCCUGCCGCACUCUCUCCACAUCCCUUUGAGUCAGUUGGAACGCAGGGAUGCGGACAGCCUGAAACUCUUAGGGGCUGCCCUCCGGAAAGGGAAGCAGGAGUCGCAGGAAGGGGUUGCUCUCCCGGUGUAUGUGAUUUGCAAACUGGGAAACGACUCCCAGAAAGCUGUGAAGGUCCUGCAGUCCUUAACGGCAGUGCCGGAGUUAGACUCUUUAACUGUUCAGGACAUCGUGGGGGGACUCAUGGCCUGGGCCGCCAAAAUUGAUGGGACAUUUCCACAGUACUGAGAGGACAGCAUGUGAUUCGUGUGGAUGACGGUUGUGAUACCUGAAGAAUCUAUUCGAGCUUUACAAAAUAAUGUAGGGAAGAGCCUGGAUUCACGGUCUCCGAAUAAAUAAACGGAGACCUCCCCCCCCCCCCCCCCCAAGGAGCUUUUUGAGAAAAGAGGAUAGCAUUGCCUCUGAGAGCUACUUUUGGGCACUUGUGCAGCACCUUCAACAUGUGACUUGGUACGACAGGAUUUUUUGUUUCCCACCCGGUCAGAUUAAACUGAGAUUAAACAGUUAAGAUGCA